AUGGAUCCCAAGUUCAAGGGAGAUUGGAGUGCCUCUGAGAUCAAGAUGGUGAAAUCUCUCAUUGCAAGGGAGAACGCCAACAACAAUGGUGCUAGUGAUAUGAACAAGAAGCAUAAUCAAAUUGUGGAUGAGCUCCAGGCAAUGUUCCCUUGCAAGGAGAAGCAUCAGGUAACCAGCUUGUACAUUGAUGUCAUGGUGGAGAUGAUGCAAACAUUGCAGAGUGGCAACCAACAAGUGGAAGCAAGUAGCAACCUCAUGAAUCAACCCUUUGGGUUGUUUGUGGGGGAUCCAUCCAUGGGCAACAUGGAAGCAUUUGAUGGUUAUCAAAAUGUCAAAAUGUUCGGCAUGAGGAAUGUGGAGACUCCACGGAGGAAGCCCACUCCUCCGAAGGAGAUCCAACACACUAGGAGGUUUUGGACCAUAGACGAGCAUAGGCAAUUCCUCCAUGGUCUACAUGUGUACGGUCGUGGAAAUUGGAAGAACAUCUCUAGGCACUUUGUUACCACCAAGACCCCUGUACAGGUUUCCAGCCAUGCUCAAAAGUACUUCCUCAGGAAAGAAAAUGGCACCAAGAAGCAGCGUUAUAGCAUCAAUGACAUUGGACUUUAUAAUUUUGAGUCCUUAUCACAGACAAAUGCUUCUGUCUGGAAGGGGCCCACCUUUCAUGGAGGUGUCUACAACACAAAUCACUAUAGCUUUGGUGGACAUCCUACUUCCAUGAACAAUGCCCAGGCUUGGGCACCAUUCCUAUACCACACUGUCCAUGGAAGUAGCAGUAGUAGCCAAAUGGCCACCUUGCCUAUUGGCCAGCAAAAAGAGGAGAUGGGAGCUAGUAGUUCUUUAGUGGCUCCGACCAAGGAAGCGGAUGAGGGCAACUUGGACUGGACUAGUGAUAAGCUGGGAGAUCUUGAUACUCAGUGGAUGAUGAAGGCAGGCAUGAACUAG